GAUAAACUAGAAAGAUUUAAGAUUUAUACCCAAUAACCUUUCCUAAUUCUUGUCUUCGCUUUUCACAUUUCAUUUAUCACGUUUCAUGUUUAUCAUUUUGUAUUUCAUAUUUCACCUGAGGCAGGUCAAUCAAAGACACACGACACGUAGAACAGAAACCAAAAAGAGUGGAAUAAGAAAAUUGAAAUUAAUAGUUUUUUCUACUCCAACAGGCAAACCGAAGGGUCAAAAUAAAAUUAGGUUCUGUUCAGUUUCCUAGUUAUCAAUAGACACCGACAAUAAUGUAGAUGACGGACUAAUUGUUGUUAUCACCAUAUCUACUAUUACUAUGAGAAAACAAUGGAAACCAAAGAAAUGUUUUCAUUACUAUUACCUUUUUAUGACUUUCUUUUCUGUAAGGUUGUUCCAUGGGGAUUCAGAAAACUCCUAAACUGGAUUAAAAACACUUACAAUAAUCCCGACAUAUACAUAACCGAAAAUGGAUGUGCUGAUCCAGAAAUAUUUAAUGAUACCAUAAGAAUCUCAUAUCACACGCAAUAUCUAGAAGCGCUUCUAGAAGCAAUUAAUUUGGACAAUGUCGCUGUCAAAGGAUAUGCCAUUUGGAGUUUAAUGGACAACUUUGAGUGGAAAUAUGGAUACAGUUACAGGUACGGGCUUCAUUACGUUAACUUUAGCGACCCUCAACUAGAAAGAACACCAAAAGCCUCUGUCAACUUUUAUAAAAAUGUCAUCAUCAAUAGAACUGUUUAAAAAUUGUUAAAUUAAUAAAAUAUGUUUAGCUUA